UGAGAAGACGCACUGAAAAAGAUAAACCACCAAAUCUGGGUUUUGAAACAGCUGGAAAAGUGGAAGAAGUUGCUAAUGAGCAAGUUCCUGAUGGAAUAAAAAGUGACGAUGCUUAAAAGGGAGUCGUGUGAGAAUGUUUGAACGAAUUUAGUAUAUUGUUACAGCAUCAGAUGACAGUCUCUCGAGAAAAAAAAACAUCGACUCUGAGAUUUCUUCUCAAAAUUUCCAAGAAUAUACCCAUUAUUUGGUCAAUCUAUAAGGACAUUUAGGAAAACAUGGGAAGUUUUAAAGGCCAUGCAUUGCCUGGAAGUUUCUUCCUGAUCACCGGCCUGUGGUGGGCUGCAAAGCAGACAUUUUUGUAUGCCACCCGCAGGAAUAAAAGUGCUGGUGCGGGCAGACUUGCUUCUCGAGCUACACAACGGCGUAUAGAAAUCAUAGAAGGAGCUGUCAUUUUAUCGUUUUCUAUUAUUGGUAUGUUAGCAGAGCAGCUUUUAGCAGGUGGUCCCAAGUUUCAGCUGUAUGAUUCUUCCACUCAGCACUGGGAGCAGCUGAUGAACUGGCAGCACACCACCAUGUACCUGUUCUUUGCCAUCGCAGGGGCCAUAUCUCUCACUGUCCACAGCACAGACAUCGCCCCGCUGGCCUUAGACCGGAUGCUGCUGGGUCUUGCUUUCUUUAAUGAGGGAUUUCUGUUUCUUUACCAUCUCCAUGGUAGAGAUACGCUUGAUGUCCAUGUGCACACCCUUCUCCUCUAUGCCAUCUUUGGACAAGCUUUCAUCUGCCUUCUGGAGGUUUUCCACAGAGGGAAUAUUCUACUCGAACUGCUCCGAGCCACUCUCACCAUACUGCAGGGCAGCUGGUUCUGGCAGAUUGGCUUUGUGCUGUACCCACCCAGUCAAGUGAAAUGGGAUCAUACAGACCAUGACAACUCUGUCUUUGUCACAUUAUGCUACUGCUGGCACCUGGCGUUUGCAUUGCUCACUGUAGCUGUAGUUUACUGGUCUGUUCUCUGUGCUGUGCGUUCCAGACUAAGGAGGAUGCCACCCAUGGAAAUGGGGCUUUUGAAACCAAGGGAGAAAGAAGUAGAGUCUGAAGACGAGAUUUUAUGAGUAUUUAUCAUCCUUACACGUUCAUGCCAGCAUCCAAAUACACUUGGACCUGAAUCCAAAGAAAAGUACAGAGACAGAGCGCGAGAUAUGAACAGAGAGGCAUUGUCACUAAAUAUUAGCUCUGUCUUAAUUUCCUGAAGAGCAGAUGGGAGAUGACAAACAGUGACAGUCUUGCUUCCCGAGAUCUGUUUCAUACUAUAACAAGGGACUGUAAGUAAAUCACAAGAACCAUGGUGUUAUAUCUCUCGCUCAUUUUCCCAGUAUGAUCACUCCAGUGAUAGUUACAAGUCUCUGUCCAUGCGGUCUGCUAUCUUGUGUGGUCAUUCCUUUUUUAUUUCACUAAUCCCCAUUUCUUUGAUGCACCUCAGGACCAUCCUAGUCUAAUAAAUUAAUUCAAACUUGAUUAUUUUCCAUACAAGUUUGCUUCAAGUCAGUCAAAUGUGAUGUAUUGAUUAUUUUUUAGUCUUUAUGUACACUUUUUGUUGUCAUUGCAUUGUUUUGCUUUGACGCAAUACUGUGUAAAUUUGAGAUUUUAUUUGUGUGCCUUGUCAGUAUUUUAUAUGUUGUCAACGAAGGACAGAGAAUAUAAUAUUUUUAUCAUGCUUUUAGUGGUACUAUAUGAUCUAUGUGCAAAAAUUGUUAUAUUUGUAUUUUAUAUUUGAAUGCCCGAGGUUUGUAAGACACUUUUUAGUCAAAUGAAUUAUGCUUUUGUAUUUUCUUGACAGCCAUAAUUCCUCAGCUAGUGUGCUAUGUUCAUUUGUGCCAUAGUAUUCUUUGCCUUGCUUGAAAAAAAGGCCAUUGUAUGUGGAAUUUUGAAACUAUAGUAUCUUAUUCCAUGCAUUUAUUGAUCCAUUUAAUUUAACUUGAUAAGUAAAUUUUUUUCCAAUAAAAUAUUUUAUUAGUGCAUAACAGUGUGCAGUAACUGUGUAUUAACAUUAAAUGAUUUUUAUUUGCCAUGUGUUGGUAUUUUUUCCCAUAAGUCAUAAGUAGCACGUGUAUAUUUGUAGCAAUAGCCAACAACACAUUGCAUGGGUCAAAAUGAUCAGUUUUUCUUUUAUGCCAAAAAUCAUUAGGAUAUUAAUUAUUAAGAUUAUGUUCCAUUAAGAUAUUUUGUAAAUUUCCUGCCACAAAUACAUCAAAAACUUAAUUUGAUUAGUAAUAUUGCUAAGAACUUCAUUUAGUCAACUUUAACGGCGAUUUUCUUCUUUUUGCACCCUUAGAUUCCAGAUUUUCAAAUAGUUGCAUCUCAGCCAAAUAUUGUCAUAUCCUAACA